AUGACGAAAGGCGAAACUCUUUGGCUCUCCGCCCUCGUUCGCCACACUCGCGGCGUCUUUUCCAGCGCUGGUCGACAUGGUGUCAAGACAAUCGCUCUCGUGGUGCUGCUGCUGGGCGCCUUGUCGGUCGUGGCACGAAUCGCGGACUUGUCCGUCGUGACGAGCAGCUCCUAUUUGAGCCAAUCACGGCGCAGUGUCACAGCUGCAGUCCCGAAUGUUGCGCGGACGUCAGUGACAAACCUGAGCGUGGAGACCCAAGAGCAACUUGACCGACUGAUCGAGCAACGUAGGAGACCUCCAUAUGUCUACAAAAGUGACAAGACGAAAGAAGCGUGUUAUGCUGAACGGGACAUGGGGAUCAUUACUGUCGUGCGAGAUUCCGCCAAGACCUUUUGUGCCAAUGGAGGGUGGGACCGUUCCAAACAGGCGCCAGUGAGUCCGACUCGAGCGACCAAAGUGACGACUUUUCAUAUCAAAGCAGGCGUUAAAGGCGCAACGUUUCAGAACCUCAUGCUGGAUUUCGUGAAUGCCUCGAUAUUUGCUCCGAUUAAGACGAUAGCAGACGAUGGGUAUCUCCACGACCCGAGGUUUGUUUUUAGUACGGAGCUGAUCAAUUGUGUUUGUGACGAACUCGCAACUUACUACCGGAAGCUAUCGGGAAACAAAGAACGCGCAGCAGAACAGUUGUGGAUGGACCGAGUGGCGUCACUGCCACGAAAGAAAACUCCAGAGCCACUGAUUUGCUCGGACAAGAGACCUCAAGGAACCAAACAAUCGGCGUGGGACUUUGUGAAAAAUCCGACUGCAGCUCCGGAUGAACAUGAGACGGUGAUUUUUGAAGACCCGGUCGUGUUGCUGACGCGUAAAGACGACCACAAUCCGUUUUUUCAGCUGUCGAACACGGUCAACGCGUGGAUCAUGCUCAAGGCGCUGGAGUGGAAUAUCACUAGGACGCGUGUGAUUCAUCUAGACGGGGGCUUUGUGAUGCCAUAUGAUGAUCUGCAAAAAAACAUGCUGGGACCUAACUUUGAGAUCAUCGAUGGUGCGACGUUGGUCGGUAAACGCGUGCAUUUUCGCGGCGAUGUGUUACUCCCUCCUAUUGAGAGAUUAGGGCCUAUAAUGGAACAUUUGGGUGUUGACGAGCCUUGCCAUGAUUCCGAGCUUGUGAGGACGUUUCGUGCCGAGUCUCUUCUCACCUUUAAUAUAACACCGGAAGUUGAACGCGAGCUUGGUGUGACGAGGAUCCGGCCGAUGUAUGUGACGGUGAUCACUCGUCGGCCGUACGCGGGACGUAAGCUGCAACGCAUAUGGUUGAAUGAGGACGAGGUGAUGAGGAACAUGCGGAAGGAUUACAACAAUCUCAGCGUGCAGUUUCGCUCCGUCGAUUAUGUAGAACUCACGCUACAUGAGCAGAUGACGACUACCAUCGAGAGCGACAUGAUUGUCAGUAUGCACGGCGCUGGUCUCGUCAACGUACUUUGGACACGGCCGAUGACUACAGUCGUGGAGAUUUUUCCAAAGAAAAGAAUUCGUUACGGAUAUCGUAAUAUUUGCCAACACGUGGGCUGCGACUGGCACGAAUUUCGUGGUGGUGAGGACAUUGGUAAGAUGCGAGAUCCCAACACCAAGAACAAGCGCAUUCCGUACGCCGAGUGGAAGGACUUUUUCCACCCGCUGUUUCAGCAGACGUAUGGCGCUUUUGAGGAACAACAAGCGGUGUUGCGUGGAGAAGCUUCGUAG